AUGGCAACCCCCUUGGCGCAGGCGCGCGCACCGUAUUGCGCACCCACUGCGCGCGCACACUGUGCCGAUGUUCCGCCAGAAGUCUCCGCUCGGACAUGCGCACCGGGUUUGCGCGGAGGAUUCCCGGCCCUCCCCGCGCGUACCGUCUGCUCGGCGCGUGCUGGCGUGGCGCGGUCGUGGGAACGAAUUGCGGCGCGCCGCUUCAGUCUCCCGCAAGGGCUGUGCUUAUAUCGGGGCUUUCGAUUGACGGGGAAUCUUUGCUUAGACCGUCGUAGUGUUUGUCGAAUCGGCGCAGGGGCACAUGCUGGGCGGAUAUGCGCAACUGCGGGAGAGAGGCGGAGAGGCGGAAACGCGCAGCAGGUGAAGGGCGGACGGACUGGCGGAGAAGAUGAGAUGAAAGCGGGGAAGGGGAAUGCGAAGGGGAAGGGGAAGGGGGAGGGGAGGUACCGGGGGGGAGGGGCAGCGGAGAGGCAGACCCUGCGGGGGCUGAUUGCACUUGAGCGGGCGUUGGAUGGGGAAAGGCGGGGGGACAUUGCGCAAGGGGCGGCGGAGGGGGAUGGCACGCGCGGAGGGCAGGGGGAGGAGAAUUUGAGGGUGAUGCUGCGCGAGUGGGCGCGGAGAUACGCGCUGGUGGUGGUGGUGGCGGGGGAGUGGCCUCCUGACACGGCCUCUCAACAUGCUGUCGCUGCCCUGCUAUCCGCGGCAUGCGGCCUGCCCCAGUCCCAGCCUGUCCAGGUCGCACCUCUGCACUUCGCUCCCCUUCUCGCAACCCCAGCACCACCAGCAACCGACCCCGGUUCCCCCUCUCAUCCAACCCACUCCCCUCCCCCCACGCCCCCCCCUCCUCGCGUCCUGCUGCUGCCCAACCUCCGCCACGUGUCAUCCACCGAUGCCGCCAACUCACCCUCCUUAGCUGCCACGCUGGCAGGCGUGGCAGAAGAACCAGACAGCACAGCAGCAGCGCCGCAGGAGGAUUCAAAAGAGCCAAUCCCCCGCCCUACUCUGCGCGUGUCUGCGUGCCCGGUGGUAGAUCUCGUGGUGCUGGACGCGCCUUCCGCGUGCCACCGUGUGCUGGCAUCCUCUGUGGGCGUGGCGGCGGUGGUGGGGCGAGCCGUGGCCGGGCUGAGAGUGGACCGCGAGCUCAUGGGGGUGCUGGGGGGCUUGGGGGAAGUGUGGGGGGACGUGGGAGCGUUGGGGAAAAUGGCAAGAGGGGAGUCAGGGGAGGGCGGUAGUGGUGAGGGGCGCAGUGCGGUGGUGGCGGUGGUGGGAGCGGCGAGCAUGGGUCGCAGUGGUGCAUUGAUCCGCGCUCUCCUGCCUCGCUGCCAUGCCCUCGUGCUCUCCGGCCCCGUGCUUCCUGCCCUCCUCGCUGCUGCUAAUGCUGCUAAUGCUGCUAAUGCUGCUAAUGCUGCUAAUGCUGCUAAUGCUGCUAAUGCUGGUACUGCUUCUGCUGGGUCUGCUGGUUGUGGACUACACCUCGCCCGCCUGCCUGAGUUCCCUACCCUCGCCACACUGCACUGCAGCGAUCCAGCAGCAGCACUUGGUGAAUCACACAGAUAUGGGACAGCAGAGAGCGAGGCAGGAACAGCGAGCGAUGAAGGAGCAGAGGGAGGGGAGGCAGCGGGUCCACAUACCCACAUCUCGUCCCUCCUAGCCACUCUCCCCCGGCCUUCCCCACAAGCCCUGGCGGAAGCCUCUGCGUUCCUCUCCUCGCUGCCCCCUGCCCUCCUCUCCCGCCUCGUGCUGCCUCUUGCUGUGCUUGUGGUACCUGCUAACCACACCUCUAGCAUUGGUACUCACUCCCAACAGCACCACAACCAGCAGCAACAACAGCAGCAGCAGCAGGAAGAGCAGGUGGAGCUGUGCGUUUCAAGCAUUGAAGACAUUGCUCGCCUCUGUGAUGCUCUCAAUUGCCAGACAGUCUUCUGGGCUGGCUCCAUCUCCCUGCACCCAACAAAAGAGGCGUCAGUGUCACGGCAGAGCAACCAUGCAUCAUCGCAUGGGUCACAUGGGUCACAUGGGGAUUAUGGGUUACAGCAUGGCUCAGACCAUGGUCCGCCUUGUGCCGAUUCUGCUCUGCUCGCCCAUCUCACCACCGCAACCACCAGCAAAAGCAACAGCACGAGUAGUCUUCGUCCUGCCUCCAGCACUGCCACCAUCCCUGCUGCUUCUACUGCUGCUUCUGCUGAUCAAUUGUGCCGGCCCAAGCUCAUGGUGGCUGGGCGGCAGCUGCAGCAGGUGCUGGGCCGGCAGUUACGGCAGCAUGUGAAGGUGGCGGGGAGGGAGGGGAGGAGAGAUGGGGAUGGGGAGGGGGCGAGGGAGUGUGUGGUGGUGGAUGGAGGCACGGCUCUGCUUCGAGGAUUGCAAGGGAUGCCUCUGCCUGGCGUUGACUGCCUUGACUUUGUGCCACUGCCGCCUCCUGAUUGGUCCACAGUCUUCCUCGACCCCUCGCUCCCUCUCACUGUUGACAUCGGCUGUGACCCGGACUUUGCAGCGAGCAGGAGGGCGCAGGAGAGGGGCACAGCACACGUGCACCGGUGGGGCAUGCUCACCCCUGCCCUCGUGCACGCCAUGCUUGCCCUGCUGCACCCCUCUGGCAAGAUUCUGAUCGAGUCAGACAUUGAGGAGGUUGCAACACGGCUCACAUACGAUGCCAUUAGAUGGUCCCAAGCUGAACUCGUGCUGUGCAAUGGCAAUGACUGUGCCAGUAAUUGCAAUGGCCUUUCAGAUCCUGACAUGGCAGAGGGAAUUGGUGCUAAAGUUACCCAGCGCUCUUCUGCACCACAAGAAUCUUUGGAACAUCACUACUAUCGGGUUCCUGCCUGGGUCUUUGACGAGUACGCACCAACCAGACAAAACAGCUUUGAGCUGGAAGCGAACAAACUAAUCAUCUUAUCCAGGCUAGACCCAAUUGUCGUAAACAGUCCGUAUCAAUCGCGCGACGCGGCUGAGUCGCCGCAAUCGAUGGUGGCUGCCAUGGCAGUUGCAUGGCGAUGUCGCAGCGUGCUAUCUCUUAUCGCUGUGGCUUUCUCUCUCCUGCUGCUCCUGUCGCACGUCGCCUCCGCUGCGCGCCUUUCAACGGGCAAUGACGCUAAACGCGAGGGUCUUUCGCGCGUUAUCGCAUCAGCUUAUACCGGGAUUGUAUCUUCUGCUGUUGAAUUCGACCCGAUUAAGGAGUCUGAGACUCCUGGUCGCGUCGUUGCUAGGGUUUUGAAAGCGAAGAAGAAAAAGAAGAAGUCGACGACUAAGACCGCGAAAGCAGCGGCGAUCGCGGAGGAAGAAGAAGGGAUCGCGGCCGACGCGGAGAGAGGAGCGGCGGAUGAUGCGGCCGACGCUGAAGUCGCGCGAGACGAGGGGGACGACGAGGAGUCUCGAUUGGUUAAGAAGAAGAAGAAGACGACAAAGAAAGCGAAGAAAACUAAGAAGACGGGAAGCAAGAAGGCUGUCGAGUCUGUGAGGGAAGCGGAGGGGGAAGAGGAGGCGGAGGGGGGAGAAGUUGCGGAUACGGGGAGGAGAGCGGGUAGGAAGAGCGGAGAAGGGGAAAGCGGAAAUGGGGAGGAAGAGGAAGGUUUUUCCGCUGUGGAUAAAGCGAUGGCAGAGGCGGAAGCGGUGAUUGCGGGGAAGGCGGGAGAUGCGGAGGAAGGGGACGGGGCGGGGGAGGGGGAGCGACCGAAGAGAGUGAAGGGGAAGAAGAGUGGGGCGAGGGAGGGGGACGGAGGGGAGGAGGGGAGUGAUGAGGAGGAAAGCGGUGAGGGUGUGGUAACGACAAAGUCAAGCAAGUCAAGAGAGUCGAGCCAAUCAAGUAAGUCCACAAGAGCAGCACGGGGGGGAGAAGCUGAAGGGGAACAGCAGGAGGCGGACGGCGAGGAGCGUGAGGUUGGUGACCGUGAGAGGGGUGAUGGGGAUGAGGGAGAUGAGGGGGGAGCAGCAGGUGCAGCGAGAGCUAGGAAGAAAAAGAAGAAGUUGAAGAAGCAAACAGAGGAGGAGGAUGGGGAAGGGGAAGGGGGCGGUAAGGAGGAGGGGGGGACAGGAGCAGCGCGGGCUGCUGAGGACGAGGAGGGGGCAGGAUCAGAUGGGGAGGGCGAGAGCACGACAGAGAGCACGACGAAACGCAGCAGCGAGGACAGGGACCAGGGUGGGAGUGGGGGAGGGAGCGGGGAGAGAGAGACAGCAGACGGAGCAGCGGCGACAGCAGGAGGUGCGGGAACAGGAGAAAGCGGGGGAAAGGGGGGAGUCGGGGGGGAAGGCGGACGAGCGGGAGAGGAGGGUGGCAGAGGGCGAGCGGAGGGAGUGGGGUCGGAGAUACAGGUGGCGUUCACGGGACCACAGGACGUGAUGGACGUGCCAGUGGACGAGGAGAUGGUCUCCGUUGAUGUCACUGAUGUGCCGCCUGACCCUGAACCCCAGCCAUCCACUCUUGCUGCUGAUUCAGAUGCUGCCGAUGCUGGCGAUGCGGCAGGGAACCAGGCACAGGGGGACGCUGAAGGGGCGAUUUCCGGUGGUGAUGGCAUCGGUGGUGGCGGUGCCGAUGGUGGUGCCGCCUCUGCUGAGGGAGGUUAUGGGAAAGCUGCGGCGGAGGGUGGGGAUGCAGAGCAGGAAGCGGGGUUCCUCGCCCGCUGGGUCAUCGGACCCCUGGCUGCAACCCUGGAACCCAUUCUCGCCCCUCUCUACCCCCUCACAUCCCUCUUCCUCUCGCCUGGGCAAACUGUGCUCCUUGCUGCUUCCCUUGCCCUGCUCGCCGGCUGCUGCUGCUGCCUCUGCUGCUGCCGCUCCCUCUCCCGCCUCGUGAGUACCAGCCAUGGGGUAGCAACAGGGGGCAGCGGCAGCUGGUUCGGCGGGAGGCACGGGCCAGGUGCGGCGUACUCUGAGGUGGCUCGGCAGGAGGUGAAUUUGUCUGAGGCGUUUGGACAGCAGAUUCCAGGGGAAGGGAAGCAGGGAGGAGCAGAAAGGAGCCGGACGGAUGGUGGGUCAGAGUGGGAUGAGUGGGACGAGGAAUGGGGGGGUGCGAGAGGCGGGGGUGGAGGAGGGAGAGAGAAGGAGGUGGGGAGCGUGGGAAGUGGAGGGAGAGGAGUUGGUGGUGGGGAUGGGUAUAGCUCAGGAGAAGGAGGAGCUAGAGGUGGGGCGAGGAAAGGGGGCAAGCUGGUAGUGAGCAAGGGGACAGGGGCAGCUGGCAAGGAAGGGUGGAAGUCAUGA